UAGGGUUUUACUUUGUAAAAAAUACAUCAUACAAUUUUGAUUUAAUGGCUUUUUUUCGAGGUCUGAUUCGAUCUUCCAAAUCCAACGGUUCUUCUUCGCUAUUCAAUUAUGGAAGGAGCAAAUCCAACGGUUCAUUCUCCUCGGAUCUGUGGCAUCGCCGUCCAUCGGGUUGCAGAGAGUUCUCCCGAACCGCCGGAGCUGACGUCACUUCUUUCAUGUAUGCUGUAAAACAUGAUUUUCCCGGGCUUGUUGCGAGUUCGGCAGUCGGGUGGUUUGUUGGUCUCGGCAUUUCGAAGAUAAUUUUUUUGCCGUAUAGUGUGUUGUUGGAGGAGUUAGAUAUUCUUAAUAAGAUACAAAUGAACAAAUUGGAGGAGCUGAGUCGAGUCGUGGGAGUUGAAGAAGAAAUACAUCGAAAGAAUGUGAGGCAACUCAUUGAAGAAUUACGAAUUCAAAUGGCAAAGCUAAGAGCAGAGGUUGAAAUUGCAAAGGCGGUGGCAGGCCGCGUUGGUGCAGAAGGAGGGGACGAGGCUCGCAGCAAAUAGGCGGCUUUCGCUUCUUAAGAAGAAGUUGUUUUGAACGUGUGCAGUGCUCGAUCCGCUCUCACUUUUCUGCUAAAAAUCGAACAUGAACCAAAUAUUUUAGUUUCCAUCGGUUUUUGUUUAUUUCUGCUAAAAUCGAACAUGAAAAAUAUAUUAGUUUUCUUCGGUUUUUUG